GACAAAAUGGAGGAGGAAAUUGCUGUGGUUGGCAUCGGAUGCAACUUCCCUGGCGGGGAAGGACUGGACAGUUUCUGGAAGGUUCUUCUGGAGGGGAGGAACUGUGUGACGGAUAUACCAGAGGAGAGGUUUGACACUACGGGCUGGUUCUCUCCUGACGGUACCAGACCUGGUCGCACACAGGCCACCAGAGCCGCUCUCAUAGACGGGUUCAAUGAGUUUGACCACCGGUUCUUUGGCUUGGCCGAAGCCGAGGCCGACUGCAUGGACCCCCAGCAGAAGCUGCUGCUCCAGUGUGCCUUCAGGGCCUUAGAAGACUCUGGAACGCCCUUGGAGACGGCCCGCGGAAGCAGGACCGGCGUCUAUAUAGGGCUUAUGAAUAGGGACUACGAGACCAUCGUCAACAACGACGCCGACGCCGUUAACCAUUACAGCGCCACGGGGGCGGCCAUGAGCAUCGCCGCCAACAGGAUCUCCUUCACCUUUGAUCUCACGGGGCCGUCCUUCGCCAUCGACAGCGCCUGCUCCUCCUCGCUGGUGGCGCUGCAUUCAGCAUGCCAGGGCAUCCGGCAAGGAGACUGUGAGAUGGCCCUGUGUGGAGGGGUCAGCUGUAUCAUCGAGCCACGCAUGUUUGUGGCACUCAGCAAGGCCAAGAUGAUCUCACCGGACGGUAUCAGCAAGCCGUUCUCCAGCAGAGCAGACGGCUACGGCAGAGGAGAGGGCUGUGGAGUGGUGCUGCUGAAGCCCCUUAAAGAUGCUCUGAGAGACUUCAACAAUAUUUGGGGCAUCAUCAGCAAAACUGCAGUAAACCAAGAUGGCCGCUCCGUCACUCCCAUCACUAAACCCUCGAUGAGCCAACAAGAGGAGCUUCUGCGCAGGAUCUACUCCCAGUCCGACCUGGCGAUGGUCCAGUACAUAGAGGCCCACGGCACCGGGACCCCGGCAGGAGACCCCACAGAGGCGGGCAGCAUCUCCAAUGCCAUCGCAAAAGCCAAACCUUCCGGCUCAGAGAAGCUUCGCAUCGGUUCAGUAAAGAGCAACAUCGGACACACGGAAUCAGCCGCGGGAGUGGCAGGUCUCAUCAAGGUCCUCCUGAUGAUGAAGCAUGAAACCAUCGUCCCGUCUGUGUUCUACUCCGAGGACAGCGGCAGUGUGGAUGCAGCUGCACUCAACAUAAAGAUCCCCACAGAGCCAGAGAGGUGGGAGUCCAGUGGACCAUCGGUGAGAGUGGCUGGGAUCAACAGCUUUGGGUUUGGAGGCACCAACGCCCAUGCAAUUGUAAAAGACUACAGACAAACCUUGAUCCCAAAGUCCAUAAAUAUACAUGGUAAAGAACCCUUUGUGAUUUCUGCAGCCUCUGAUAAAUCACUUAUGCUGACCAUUGCAGAUGUUUCCCAGAGGCUUUCCAGAGAUCGUUCAAUUGACCUGAAUUCCCUAUUGUAUACCUCAGCCUGCAGGAGAAGUCAUUAUAAACACAAAUACAGGAAGGUCUUCCUAGUGUCCUCAAUUCUGGAUUUAGAGCAACAACUUGCAUCUGCACAGAACAAGAAGGCCGACUCCACCAAGCCGGACACACGAGUGGUGUUUGUGUUUUGUGGUAACGGAGUCACAUCCCGGGGAAUGUGCAAGCAGCUCUUUGAAGAGGAGCCGAAGUUCAGAGAGAAGGUCAGAGAGGUUGAAAAACUCUUCCAGGGUUUCAAAAAAAUCAGCAUCAACCAAAAGAUUACAGAUGAUGAGGACAACGAUGAUUUCACAAAGCCUGAUGUAAUCCAACCACUGCUCUUUGCCGUUCAAGUUGGCAUUGGCAGUCUUCUGAAACAUUGGGGCAUCAAGGCUGACGUGGUGCUUGGACACUCUGUCGGAGAGGUUGCUGCAGCUCACUAUUCAGGCCUCCUUACUCUGGAGGAGGCUGUGAAAGUGGUGCACUACCGAUCCUCUCUCCAGAGCAGAGUCACCGGAGGCAAAAUGCUUGUCAUCAGUAAUCUGCCUGUUGCCAAAGUCUUGGAGAUCCUCCCAGCCUACUCUGGGAAGGUUUGUAUUGCAGCUUUCAACAGUCCUCUGUCCUGCACUCUGUCGGGCAAUGCAGAUGCCAUUAUGGCUCUCCACAAGAGGCUGGAAGCCAUGGUUACAGACACAAACCUCUUCCUCCAUAUCUUGGAUGUCCAAGCUGCAUACCAUAGUCACAUGAUGGACCCCAUUCUAGAUGACAUUGAGCAAAACAUAAACCGUCUGGCUGUAGGACAUAUGGACUGUGAGCUUUACUCCACUGUGACUGGGGACAAGUGUUCGGAUGGAGAUUUUACCACAGGCCGCUACUGGGUAAAGAACAUAAGGGAGCCGGUUUUAUUUGAACAAACCCUGAAAGCUUUGACCAGAAACACACAACAAGCGAGAAGGCAUCUGGUCUUUGUGGAGAUUGGACCUCGCAGAGCUCUGCAGAGGAACAUUCUGGAGACUCUCGGAGAGGACACUAUGGUCCUUACAUCAGUUCAGCCACAGAGGGCUUCUGAGUCCAUGUCGUCCACAGUGUCCCGACUAUUCGAACUGGGUCUUCAUGUCGACUGGCAUCAGUUUUAUGGUGGUAGAGAGACAUUGCCCACAGAGUGUCCAGUAUACCAGUUCGAUAACUUGAAGAAAGAGUUGCAGUUUAAAGCCAGAAGAAAAGAAAAUGAAUCAACCAUAUUUUCUCACCAUCUCCUUGUAUCCAAAACACUGAACGGGGGUAACAGAGAGUACAAGUUCAACAUCUCCUCUGAGACUUCCCCUUAUCUUUGGCAACAUAAGAACAAUGGUGUUGCCAUCGCACCAGGAUCACUAUAUGUUGAGCUCGCUUUUGCCUCAAUAAUGGAAAGUCUGAGCAAGGCAAAGAUACCAAGCACAAAACUUCUUGUGAGUUUAUCUUUUAACAAUCUACUCGCACUAAACUCUAACUCGCAACCAAUCCAAGUAACUCUGGAGCAUCGGAAGAAUGAGGGUACAUUUUGUAUAGUGUCUUCUUCAGCAUCACAUGCAUCAGGCACAUAUCACAUGACAUCCAGCCAGCUGCUGCUAGAAGAACAAACCAUUAACCCUGGAGUCAUUCGGCAAAGGUGUGAAUCAGUCAUCGACAGAGAAGAGAUCUACUCGCUUCUUUCUCAAGCCGGGUUUGAGUAUGGUUUUGUGUUCAGACAGCUCGAAGAAGUGCAUUUUGGAACCCAGUCCAAGGAAGCAGUGACAACUGUUUGGGUUCCUGAUGAGAUUGCGUCACAGCUGCAGCAGUUCUUCCUCCAUCCAGUGGUGAUGGACUAUUUCCUCCAAAUGACAGCAGUAGUAGCAACCAAAGGCGAAUCUCCCAGGCAGGGAUUCCCCACGGCUGUGGGUUGCAUCGCCAUGUCAGCGCCACUUCAGCAGGAAAUGCUCAUCUACUUAAGAGCCACUCAAGAAACCCAAGAGUUCAUUGAAGUAUGUGGUUGCUUUGCGAGUAAAGACGGGGCAGUGCUGGUGGAACUUAAGGACGUAAGGAUUUCCUUUUUGAGCGAUGGGGCCGAUGUUGUGGAGACCUUGUUCUUCCAAAACAAAAUCAUCUCGACUACUGAAGAGCUCGCCUUGAAUCGUCAAAAGAAGGCUCUGGUAUUUGAAGACCAAUUAGGGGUUGCUAAAGCUCUAAGUCCAUAUCUACAUCCUGAAUCAAUCUUCAUUACCAACAAAGAGCAGUGGUUAUCAAACAAGCUUCAGUACCUUGUUCUUCGCUCACAGAACACUGAAGACGAGUUAGAGGAGGUUUUAUUCAUGUGUGGAGCUCAGGAUGUGAGUCAUCUUUCCCCUGAGAAUGUAUCGUCCUCCUUGGUGGGCUGCUGUGAGCUGUUCCGAGAGGUGGUUCUUGCCUUAAAGGAAAGAAAACGCCCUUGCACGGUCCGGGUCAUAACCUAUAGAGCUGCAGAAAGGACCGUGGACCACAUCAGUCCCGGCUUUGUACUCUCUGGCAUGUUGAGAGCUUGUGCUGCUGAGGUCACAGAGCUCUCCUUCCAGCUGGUUGACCUGGCGUCUCUGUCCGGUGAAGACAUUCAAACCCUGGUGCACGUCAUAAACACCUGCAGACACCAGGAGGUCCUGAUCUGCCAGGGUCAUGCUUCUUUUACAAGAAUAGCAAGAUCUCCCAUAAGUGAUGCCACAUUCACAUGUGCUGUACCUCCAAGGGACUUUGUCCUGAUGACAGCUGAUCCUUAUCGAAUGCUAAACUUGUCUGCCAUGCCUACCGAGGCUCUAACCAGUCCAGUCCAAGAUAGGUCAGUGGAGGUCCAGCUCACCAAAUUAUGCACACAUUCAUCUGAUUACUUCCCUGUAAGCACUUUUCAUCUAGACUUUGGCGAGACAAUGUAUUGGAACAAGCACACCUCCCAGAAUCAUACGCUUCUUGCUUUGGAUUUCAGCGGCAUUGUGACCGCAACAGGAAGUCGGGUAGACAAGCUGAAAGUGGGAGACCACGUAGCAUGUUGCUAUCCGGUGGGCGCCACCUCCAAGGUAGUCGUACCCGAAGCAGCGUGCUAUGACACGGAUACACUCGGAUUCCUGAGGGAGACACCCUGCUUGUCCUACUUUGUUCUGGCCUGGGAGGUCUUAGAAAUAAUUACGCCCCUUGGUAAACACCAGACGAGGUUGGCCAUCAUCUCCUCCAAACCAGCCUCCGGUUUGCUGGAGGUUUUGGUUUGGACGGCUAACAAGGCGGGGUGGCGCAUCGUCUGUAGGCCACAGUUCACAAGUGACCUUCUGAAAAGCGAUCGCUGCGAUGCAUUUGUAUUCCUGCCACCUUAUAACCAGUCUUGGUGUGGAAUUUGUAAAACGGGGGCGAAUUUGGAGAGUCAUAUGAUCUUUGUGUGUAAUGAUCAAAUGUCUUCAGCAUUAGAACACAUCUUCUCAUGGGAAAGUGAAGAAACUCAUGUGCACAAACUAAAUGUUUCCCAUGUGUUUCAGCGGUCCAAUCUCAAACGACAGAAAAGGAAGAUAUUUCACUGGCUACUCUCUCUAGGCUUGAAUAACAUGGAUCUUAAAAGGGCCACAUUUCAGUUAUCAGGGACACAAAAUAGUCAGACAUGUGAAGAUGUUGAGUCCUACUUCACGACUGGCACCAUUCAGCAGGUGGCUUUGGACCAUGGUGGCCCAAUGUCACAGGACUGUCCUUUGUCUGUUAUUCCUUUUCUUAUGAAACCAGAGCCUCUAUUUAAGAAAAACGGCAUCUACAUCGUCACCGGAGGACUCUCCGGCUUGGGACUGGAGACGGUCAAAUUCAUCGCCCAUCAGGGCGGAGGUUGUAUCAUAACUCUAUCCAGAAGAAACAUCUCCCCCGAAAUCCAAACAGAAAUGGAAACCCUCCAGAAGAGAUGUGGCAUGACUGUCAUGAGCAUCCAAUGUGAUGUUUCUCUUUCUACACAGGUAGAGGAAGCUAUCACAACUAUUGUUCAGAGUUUUCCCGCAUGGUCGAUCAAAGGAGUAUUCCACAGUGCAGCUGUUCUGCACGACGCUCUAAUUGAAAACCUGGACCGAUCUCUCUUUCAAAAAGUGUUCAGGCCAAAAGUGAAUGGAGUCCUCAACCUUCACUAUGCUACACUACAUAACAAACUCGACUACUUUGUGUGUUACUCCUCCAUAUCCUCCUUCAUCGGCAACGCCUCGCAGUGCAACUACUCAGCUGCAAACUCCUUCCUGGACAUGUUCUGUCAUUAUCGGAGAAACCUGGGACUGGCAGGGCAGUCCAUCAACUGGGGACCAUUGAACCUGGGACUCCUCUUGAACAAAGACCACUUCCAACGGUUCCUGGAGACCAAGGGGAUGAGGAUUAUGGAUGUCAUGGAGGUUCACAAAUCACUGGAGAAGUGUCUCCAGAUGAAUUACCCACAGCAGGUGGUCUGCAAGUUCAACUUCAGCACUCUAAGAGGCCACGUUCUCUCCCAGAACUCUUCCCUGAGAGAACGCCUGGCAGAUCUGUUAGAGUUUGAACUGACCGACGACCUGCCCAUCGAGCCAAAGCUUCAACCUUUGUCUUUGUUACACAAGAAUUUGAGGAACAUGCUGAGCAAGAUUAGCAAUGUUUUCACAGAUGAGUUGGACGAUGAUGUGACUCUGAGUUCUCUGGGCAUCGACUCUAUGCUGGCCAUGACUCUGCAGAACCAGCUGUUCCAAGAUACAGGUGUGACCGUUCCUCUGGUGAGAAUACUGGAUCCCAAAAGCACACUGACGACACUGAUAACCAUUUUGAGCAAUCGUGCAUAGGAAAGAGGAAUCAAAUGAGUACCAACCAAUCCAGAGUGCUUAUCCUAAGUGACUUGCAGUGAAAUAUUUAAGAAACAUGUCUUUAAGAAGCAGGUAGGGGUUAGCUUCUGGUUUAGGGAUCACUACUGGUAAACUGUACAUUUGCAUCAAACCUAGCAACUUUUGACUAAACAUUACCCUAUCCCUAACCCUAACCUUUUGAAUAAAGAGAAAUGAUUUGUUAUUUGUACUGAUUUGUAUAUGUAUUGUGUUAUGAUUUAAGUCUUUGAUAAAAGUCUUGUUUAUUGUAUUGCUUUGUAUACUUGUCAAUUAGAUGUUGUUAUAUCGAUUAUUUUGGUAAGCUACAGUAAUUCUAGUGUUGUGUAGAGUGCUUGAAGACAUGUACUGAAACUACUG